CUGAAUGCGCCAUAUAAGUUCAUUGUUACCAUCACGACCAUCCAGGCAAUAACAAAUAAAAUUGUUGUUCUUCCAAAUUCAAAUUUAAAGUAUUCCAAAAAGAUUUGGUUUCAGUGAUAAAUUCUCUUAUUAGAUAUUUUUUUAUGCUUAAAUAUGUUUUUAUCAUACAAAAUAGCCGGAUAAGAAAUCUUUACCUUUCAGUGUUUAUAAACUUAACCAGGAGGAUCUCUGUCCCAGAAAAGAAACUAUUUCUGCCAUACGUAUUUGGUAUUCAGGUUAAUAAAUAAAAUGAGCUAUACUAUAAGAGACAUUGUUGAGGAUACACAGAUGGCAAGAGAAUAUGCACUGUUGGGGAAAUAUGAGAACUCUUUGGUGUAUUUUCAAGGAGCAGUUCAAAGAAUCCAUAGACUUUUAACUACUAUAACAGAUUCUAUAAGAAAAGAAAGAUGGCAACAAAUUCAGCAAACAAUUGCUGAAGAACAUGAAGCAGUUAAAGAGGUCCAAAGUGUGAUUUCUGAAUUUAACACAGAACUGAGUAUUGACCGUGCUAUUUCUUCGAGACAGUCUUAUAGUUUAUCAAUUCCUUCUGACAUUUCGAUUUCUUCUGAUAUGUGGGGUCCACCUGCACCUAGAGAUCCAGAUGUUUGGCCUCCUCCUACACCCGUGGAACAUAAGCAUGGUCCACCUAUUCGCCCAGUUCGAGCUACACGAAGAAAUGACCCUCCUUCUAAAAGCAGUGGAACAAGAAGUGGUCCUAGCAGUAAUAGAUCAAAUCAUGAAAGGGUUACUAAAAAAGGUUCUGAUUCCAAGUCCAGAAAAGAUGAUAAAAACAAGAAGGAUAGCAAAAAAGAUGAAAAUAAAGAAGAUAAGGAAGAUGAGAAAAAAUUUGAUGGCUCUGGUUAUGAUAGGGAACUUGUAGAGAUGCUGGAGCGAGAUAUUUUGCAGAAAAAUCCAAGUGUUCGCUGGGAUGAUAUUGCUGAUCUUGAGGAUGCCAAGAAACUGUUAGAAGAAGCAGUUGUUCUUCCCAUGUGGAUGCCUGAUUUCUUUAAAGGCAUUCGUAGACCUUGGAAGGGUGUGCUGAUGGUGGGACCACCUGGAACUGGAAAAACUAUGUUGGCAAAGGCUGUAGCUACUGAGUGUAAAACAACAUUUUUUAAUGUGUCUUCUUCCACUUUAACUUCCAAAUAUCGAGGAGAAUCAGAGAAGUUGGUUCGCUUGCUGUUUGAAAUGGCAAGAUUUUAUGCUCCAAGUACAAUAUUUAUUGAUGAAAUUGAUUCUCUAUGCUCUCGAAGAGGCACUGACUCUGAACAUGAAGCCAGUAGAAGAGUGAAAUCUGAAUUGCUUAUCCAGAUGGAAGGCAUAACAAGCACUGAAGAUCCCAGUAAAGUUGUGAUGGUAUUAGCAGCAACUAAUUUUCCAUGGGAUAUUGAUGAAGCUUUACGUAGAAGAUUGGAAAAAAGAAUAUAUAUUCCUCUUCCAAAUGCUGCUGGUCGAGAAGCUCUUUUAAAGAUCAAUUUGAGAGAAGUUGAAGUUGCUCCGGACUUGGAUUUAGAGAAUGUUGCAAACAGCUUGGAUGGUUAUUCAGGAGCUGAUAUUACUAAUGUUUGCAGGGAUGCCUCUAUGAUGGCAAUGCGUAGAAAAAUUGCUGGAUUAACACCGGAUGAAAUUAGAAACCUUCCAAAAGAAGAAUUAGAACUACCUGUAAGCCCAGAAGACUUUAAAGAAGCCAUUAAAAAGAUAAAUAAGUCAGUGAGCAAAGAAGAUCUUGAAAAGUAUGAGAAGUGGAUGGCUGAAUUCGGCUCCACAUAGAUGAAUUAUUUAUUGCAAAUUUUAACUAUUUUACUCUCAUUCCUUUUGUUAGGGUUGGCUAACAACAGCACUAAACUAAGGUAGAAUAUCUGUGAUUUCGAUGGAACUUUAUUUUUUGAAAGAGUUAGCUAUUUUUGCACUUUUAAUACAUUAAAAAUGUUUUCUUUUUACCUACUUAUUUUUGUUUCGCAAUUUCUUGAUGUGUCUAAUAAAGAACUAUUUAACUAUU